AUGGCAAGUUAUCAUUUAGAAAUUGGACAGAUCCCAUACUCAGUCUGCAGUGAAUUCUGCCCUCCUGGAUUUAGAAAAGCCAUCCGUAGGGGAGAGCCAGUCUGUUGCUUUGACUGUAUUCCUUGUCCAAAGGGGGAGAUUACCAAUGAAUCUGGAAGGUAUGCAAAUAAUUGCUUCAGAUGCCCAGAAGACCAGUGGUCAAAUGGCAAGCAGGAUGCAUGUAUCCAGAAAUCCAUCGACUUUCUUUCUUAUGAAAGUGAACUUGGUUUAUAUCUGACUGUUUCCUCAGUUUUUUCUUCUCUAAUUACCAUUUCUGUCCUGUGUACCUUCAUUAGGUAUCGACAUACUCCAAUUGUGAAAGCCAAUAACCGUGAGCUGAGUUAUUUAAUUCUGAUUUCCCUAUUUUUUUGUUUCCUGUGUCCCUUGAUGUUCAUUGGUCAGCCACAUACACUAAACUGUUUGCUCCGCCAAACUGGGUUUGGGAUAAUAUUCUCCUUCUCUGUUUCUGGGAUACUGGCUAAAUCUGUUACAGUGGUCAUUGCUUUUAAAGCAACAAAGCCUGAUAGCAAGUUAAAGAAAUAUGUAGGACCAAAAGCCCCCUACUUCAUAGUCUUCUUUGGUACUUUCUUUCAGGUCAUUAUAUGCAUCAUCUGGCUAUCAACAUUUCCCCCAUUUUCUGAUCUUAACAUAAAAAUCAGUGAAGAUAAAAUUAUAGUAGAAUGCACUGAGGGUUCAGUAAUCAUGUUCUACUGCAUGCUAGGAUACUUAGGUAUCUUGGCCACUAUUAGCUUUAUUGUAGCUUUUCUAGCGAGGAUUUUGCCAGAUAGCUUCAAUGAAGCUAAAUUUAUCAGCUUCAGCAUGAUUGUGUUUCUUAGUGUUUGGUUGUCAUUCAUACCAACAUAUCUCAGCACAAAAGGUAAGUACAUGGUGACUGUAGACAUAUUUGCCAUCAUGGCAUCAGGUGCUGGAAUAAUAAUUUGCAUAUUUUGCCCCAAAUGUUAUAUUAUUAUUUUAAAACCACAUUAUAACACACGACAGCAUCUAAUAGGAAAUAAAAAUUCUAUGAAGAAACUAUAG